GAGCAUUCUCCUUAGCAACUGAGGGUCCGCGGCGCCGGCGCCGGCCUCCGAGAGCGACGCUUGUGAUAACUGAGCUGUUCAAGGAAGGAAGAACUCUGAGCGGAGCAGUGGAGGUUCCCCUGAAUCUGCAAAAGAACAGGCGACUUUGGAACCAGUAAUGAGCCAUCCUGACUGCAGGCUGAACCUCCGGCCCAUAGGGACCCCCAGAGGUGUGUCCUCACAUAGUGUUGGUGCUUCGCCAGGUGACAAAAAGUCAAAGAACAAGUCCAUGAGAGGGAAGAAAAAGAGCAUAUUUGAAACUUACAUGUCCAAGGAGGAUGUUUCAGAAGGCCUGAAGAGAGGAAUGCUUAUCCAGGGUGUACUGAGAAUUAAUCCAAAGAAGUUUCAUGAGGCUUUCAUUCCUUCCCUGGAUGGUGAUCGAGACAUUUUUAUUGAUGGGGUUGUUGCUCGUAAUAGAGCCUUAAAUGGGGACGUGGUGGUUGUAAAACUGCUUCCCGAGGAGCAGUGGAAGGUGAUUAAACCGGAGAGCAGUGAAAAAGAAACAGAAGCUCCCUAUGAAUCUGAUCUUCCAGAGGAGCUCCCUCAGCAGUCCCUCAAAGGCUGUAAUGACAGUCCUGAUGUCAUUAUAGAGGCUCAAUUCAAUGACAGUGACUCAGAAGAUAGACAUGGGAACACAAAGAAUGUGCUGGUAGAUGGUGUUAAGAAGCUCUCAGUUUGUGUUCCUGACAAAGGAAAAGAAGAUCCUAGUGCACCAGUUUCAAAAGAGGAGAACAUUUCCAUGUCUCAAGAUAUAAGAGCUUCAUCAGAGAAGUUACUGCAGAAAUCAGCCAAGGUGGUUUACAUCUUGGAGAAAAAACAUUCUCGAGCAGCAACUGGCGUUCUCAAACUCUUGGCUGAUAAGAACAGUGAACUGUUUAGGAAAUAUGCCCUGUUUUCUCCUUCAGACCACCGAGUGCCUAGAAUUUAUGUACCUCUCAAGGAUUGUCCCCAGGACUUCGUGACCCGGCCUAAAGAUUAUGCCAACACACUGUUCAUCUGCCGCAUCAUAGACUGGAAGGAAGACAGCAAUUUUGCCCUGGGAUUAAGGCCAUUGGCUUUUCACCAAGAUGGCGCCAAAAGCCAAGCUGGAGUUCAUCUUGCCCCUCCUAAAGCCGAAGCCAAGGAAAAGGCUUUGAAGACCAAGAAGGCAAUGUUGAAAAGUGGCCACAGACACAAAAAGAAGAUAUGCAUUUCACUCACCUUCUGGCGACACAAGACGCUGGGCUCUGGAGACAGCGCAAAUACCCUCGGAAGAGUGCUCCGAGGAGAAACAAGCUUGACCACGAUGCUAUCUAUCAUCAAGUUCCCUCGGACCACCGAGUCAGCCAUGAAGAAGAUAGAAGACAACAACAUAUUUGUGGUGAUUGUAGAUGUCAAGGCCAACAAGCAUCAGAUCAAACAGACUGUGAAGAAGCUCUGUGACAUUGAUGUGGCUGAGAAGGGCCAAAAACUUAUCUUUAGUUCACAGGCCUUUCAUAAACAGAUGGCAUGCCAAACUUCUGGACUCCUGCUCAAGAGUAAUGUUUGGGUGGCAUAUCUUUACAGCAGGAAAGCCUUAUUAGUACUGUUCAGUAUUGAUUUAGAUUUCCAUAAUUCUAGCAAAUAUGGAAAAGACUGUGUCUUCACCAUUGACCCAUCAACUGCCCGGGACCUCGAUGAUGCCCUCUCCUGCAGGCCACUCACAAAUGGCACCUUCGAAGUGGGCGUCCAUAUUGCUGAUGUGAGUUAUUUCAUUCCUGAGGGGUCCAGCCUGGAUAAGGUGGCUGCUGAGAGAACUACAAGUGUCUACUUGGUUCAGAAGGUGGUCCCCAUGCUUCCCAGGCUGCUAUGUGAAGAGCUGUGUAGCCUGAACCCCAUGACUGACAAGCUGACCUUCUCAGUGAUCUGGACGCUGACCUCUAAGGGCAAGAUUCUUGAGGAGUGGUUUGGCCGGACCAUCAUCCGCUCCUGCACCAAACUGAGCUAUGAGCACGCACAGAGCAUGAUUGAGAAACCAACUGAGAAGAUCCCCCAGGAAGAGCUGCCCCUCAUUUCCCCAGAACACAGUAGCGAGGAGGUGCACCAGGCUGUCCUGAACCUGCACGGAAUUGCAAAGCAGCUUCGUCAGCAGCGCUUUGUGGAUGGCGCACUCCGUUUGGAUCAGCUAAAACUUGCUUUCACCGUCAACCACGAGACUGGAUUGCCUCAAGGAUGUCAUAUCUAUGAAUACAAAGACAGCAACAAGCUCGUGGAGGAGUUCAUGCUCUUGGCCAACAUGGCAGUGGCCCACAAGAUCUACCGUGCCUUCCCUGAGCAGGCUCUGCUGCGACGGCACCCCCCACCCCAAACAAAGAUGCUCAAUGACCUAGUGGAAUUCUGCAACCAAAUGGGGCUGCCCAUGGAUGUCAGCUCUGCAGGCUCCCUUAAUAAAAGUCUGACCAAAACAUUUGGAGAUGACAAGUACUCCUUAGCUCGGAAGGAGGUGCUCACCAACAUGUACUCCCGACCCAUGCAGAUGGCACUGUACUUCUGCUCAGGGGUGCUGCACGAUCAAGCUCAGUUCCGGCACUAUGCCCUCAAUGUGCCUCUCUACACGCACUUCACCUCACCCAUCCGCCGCUUUGCAGACGUCAUGGUGCACCGCCUCUUGGCUGCUGCUCUGGGCUACAGGGAACAGCCAGACACUGAGCCCAGUACCAUACAGAAGCAGGCGGACCACUGCAAUGACCGCCGCAUGGCGUCCAAGCGUGUACAGGAGCUCAGCACCAACCUCUUCUUUGCUGUCCUGGUCAAGGAGACUGGCCCCUUGGAGUCAGAAGCCAUGGUGAUGGGUGUCCUGAACCAAGCCUUCGAUGUGCUGGUGCUGCGUUACGGGGUACAGAAGCGUAUCUACUGCAACGCGCUGGCCUUGCGGUCCUACCACUAUCAGAAGGUGGGGAAGAAGCCGGAGCUUACACUUGUUUGGGAGCCUGAAGACCUGGAACAGGAGCCCGCACGGCAGACCAUCACCAUCUUCAGCCUGGUAGAAGUGGUCCUGCAGGCGGAGAGUGUGGCCCUCAAGUACAGCGCCAUCCUGAAGCGGCCAGGCCCUGAAAGUUCCCUGGGCCUGGAGGAGGAGGAGCCCAACGCUGAGCCGGAGGACUGAGUGCCGCACCGUCACCUGCCUAGCCUGCUGGCUUUCAGGAAUGGGACCUUUUGACACCAAAGGGGAUUUUUAAUUUGGUUUUUUUUUAACAACUCAGGGGUUUAUUUUUAUUUUCAUUUUAUUUUAUUUUUACAGCUCAGUUUUUAAAGGAACUGGAUGGGAAAGGAUGGGGUUGGAUGGAAGGCUGAGGCCUGGCUAGUGCUUCCCCAAACAAAAAGGGGCCCCAGUCCCUCCUGGGAGGCCAACCCAGCUUCUACCAGCCCCCCACUGUCCUCCCCGUCCCAGGAAAUGGGGGUUCAGCAAAUCAGUGUCAUGGAAUAAAAUCAAGUGUGAAGUG